UUUUCGCAAUAAUCGCGAGCGACUCGUCUCACGUCUCCGAGCGAACAGUGAAAUUACCAUCCCGGGCACUUUCGUCGUUCUUCAAGGUGGCGUGGACGUUCCCUUCAACGACACGGACAUAAGUUUACCCUUCAGACAGAACUUCUUUAAGAUAAUACCUGCUGGCUUCGCCGAGAGCGCGUUGACCUGAUGGCUGAUCGUUCUCUCAAGAUGCUCUCUCACUCUCCGUUUCCUCUCUUUCUCUCUCGUUUUCCGUUCUCGUCCCUCUCUCAGCGUCGGACGGAAAUGAGAGCCCGAGAGUGACCGGGCGACGGAGAGAGUAAGAUGGACCAGCUCUUGAACCCAAACACAACAAGGCGCAACGCGUUACGACUCGUAUGGACUUGCUCGGCUCAUUUCUCAUCGCUUCACCCUUGGAAUUCCGAUCUGCCGGAUUUUUCGGAACUCACGGCGACGACGAUCAAGACGACGGCGGCGGCGGCAGCGGCAACGGCAACGGUGGCCUGCGGUGAUGCUGCCUGCCUCCGCCAAUGUCGCUAAAGAUGCGAUAUUGUAGCAUCAGAAAAAGCGGAAGGAUCUUUCGGAGGAAGAGGACGCCUUCGGGCGAUGCGAUCUCUCGGCGGUUCGACUGAUAAAAACUGCACCGAACGAUGGAAACCAGGAACGGCAUUUCCGCUUCGGCCAUCACGGGCGAAGGGGAAGCGCGCGCGGACACACUCGCGUGAUCCUGUUUCCUGUACAAGCUUUUUCGUAGGAGGAGGCCUACCGAGGGAAUUGAAGAAGAGCGCCCGGCCGGGCGUGAGAUCGCCGCGGAGAAUCCGCUGUAGUAUUUUUAUCGCGUUCAAGACCAAAGAAAGAAUUAAGGGGGGAAGAAAGGAACACAAAAGAGUCGGCUAUUGAAAGCAGAGAGAAAUUCCGUUGGCCGUAAUCGGCGAUCCGUAUCCUUCGUCCGUGAAGGAGUGACCGACGCGCGGCGCGCCGUAGGACUUGGCUUCGAUUGCGAAACGUGUUGUACAUUAGAAGAGCCGAGAAAAGUCGUCUCCUUGACGACCGGCGGCCUGGAGCUUUUACCUGGGCAUCGGCACGAUGACGUGGCCCACCGGUAACGAUAUCUUCUCGAACACGGCACGCGGUGCGGCUCGGCGAACGCCGCUCGGCCGCGCUAGCCGAGGCGCACCAGCAGCAGCAGCAUCGAUUUCUCACGAGUCGUUCUUUCAAUGGUGCUUCGGCGUGGAGGAGCCAGACUGCUACGGGGCUCUCGACCUCGCUACCGGCGCCUCGAUCCUCUUCGUGCCGAGGUUACCGCCCGAGUACGCGAUUUGGCAGGGCAAGCUCUACACCCUGGACGACUUCAAGAAGCGAUACGGCGUGGACGAGACCCAUUACGCCGACGAGAUUGCGAGCGUGCUGAAGGAAAAGCGAGCGCGGCUCUUGCUCCUGCUGAGCGGCAGAAACAGCGAUAGCGGAUUGCUGGCGCGCGAGGCGACUUUCGACGGUAUUGCCGAAUUCGCGGUGGAUCGUGAUUUCCUGUAUCCGGAGAUAUGCGAGUGCCGGGUGAUAAAGUCUCCUCAAGAAAUUGAGGUAUUGCGGUACGUGUGCAAGAUAAGUUCGGAGGCGCACAAGAUCAUAAUGCGCUCUAUGCGCCCUGGGAUUCCGGAAUACAAAGCAGAGGCCUGGUUUUUGCAUCACGUAUACGCCGAGGGAGGGUGUAGGCACGUGUCUUACACAUGCAUUUGCGGAUCCGGGCAUAAUUCUUCUAUAUUGCACUACGGUCACGCCGGUGCACCGAAUAAUAAGGUCAUACAGGAUGGAGAUAUGUGCUUGUUCGACAUGGGCGGCAAUUACUGCGGAUACGCGGCUGACAUUACGUGCAGUUUCCCGGCCAACGGGAAAUUCACCGAGGAUCAAAAGCUGAUCUACAACGCGGUGCUGAAGGCGCGUGACGCUGUGAUCGCGGCCGCGAAGCCGGGAGUCUCCUGGACGGACAUGCAUCUUUUGGCGAACAGGGUUAUGCUAACGUCGCUGAAGGAAGGCGGACUGCUCGUGGGCGACGUCGAGGAUAUGAUAAGAGUCGGUUUGAACGCGGUGUUCCAGCCUCACGGGCUGGGUCACUUGCUGGGACUGGAUGUGCACGACGUCGGUGGAUAUCUGCCCGGUCAUCCCGAACGCUCGAAGAACGCGGGAGUGAGAAACCUGAGAACCGCGCGUACAUUGCUCGCCGGAAUGGUUCUCACGGUAGAGCCAGGCUGUUAUUUCAUAGACUGCUUGCUCGACGCAGCUCUCGCUGAUCCAGAUCAGUCGAAAUUCCUCGUGCGGGAACAGCUGCAGAGGUUUCGCGGUUUUGGCGGCGUCAGGAUAGAGGAUGAUGUCCUUAUAACGGAAACCGGAGUGGACAACAUGACGGAUGUUCCUCGCACAGUCCAGGAAAUAGAGAGCUUCAUGCAGAUGUGAUUGAUCAAAAGAAAGAGGUUUCGAAGGAAUGAAAAUGUCAACAACUCGUUUAUUAAUAAAUACAUAUUAAUUAACUACAUAAAUGCAAUUGUGAUAAUAAGGUAUAUAUUCAUAUUCAUAUAAUUUCUUACGACAGAUACAAAAUUGCAUGUAUAUAUAUUUGUAUAGAUUAUAUCAUUUAUACAUAAACGCAAUGAAUAAAGCAAGAAACUGA